AUGGCAUGUCGCUCGUUUAACAUCUCGCAUCUGGCCUUACCGGUCGUUACCGCGCUGAUAAGCUUUCUGGCGUACACGUCCCAACUGUUCUUCUAUUACUUUGAUGAAGCACCGCUUACGUCGAAGGAAACAUGGUGGUUGAAUAUUUUUGCUUCCUGCAUCUGGGUAUGCUACUACCGCUCAUGCACCGUCGAUCCCGGCCAUACACCCAAGAACUGGAUGCCAUUGGACCGUAAGCAACUGGAAGAAGACUGUGCAAGUGGUCGACAGCGAUGGUGUCGUCGAUGUGAGGCUUUCAAACCGCCUCGGGCACAUCACUGCAAGACAUGUCAGAGGUGCAUUCCGAAGAUGGACCACCACUGUCCGUGGACAUCAAAUUGCGUGUCGCACUUUACUUUUCCUCAUUUCUUGAGGUUUCUCUUCUACACGGUCGUUGGCAUGGGGUAUCUCGAAACUCUUCUUUUUGAGAGGGCUUCCAUUAUUUGGGCAUCGCGCCAUCUUCCUAGUUACCUCGGUCCAAGUCUGGUGCAGCUGGCUCAUCUGUUCAUUUUGCUUGUAGUGAACAGCUUGACAUUAUUUGCCCUGGCAAUACUUUUAGUGCGGAGUAUCUGGUCGCUGGCUCUCAAUACAACCACUAUCGAGUCGUGGGAGAUUGAGAGACACGAGACACUGUUGAGGCGAGCCCGACACUUUGGUGGGUAUCUGUCUGGGCCUGGAGGAAUUCAAAUUCGGAUCCAGAAACAAGAGUUCCCGUACGACAUUGGCAUUUGGUCGAACAUCAAGGCGGGAAUGGGUGGAAGUGCAAAUAUAUUGAGUUGGUUCUGGCCCUUUGCGGCAACGCCUGAUCGGUCAACAGGUCUCGACUUUGAAGUCAAUGGCUUUGAAGAUUCUAACGUGUCAUGGCCGCCACCCGAUCCAGACCGCAUUCCCUUUCCUGCUAAGCAACGGAAUCUGGACGCAGCGAUCAAAGCUGCCGAUGCUUCUUACUACCGAGCUGUUGAAGCACGUAAUUCUCAAAAGAUUAAGGACGCGAACGAUGCGCAGGUGAACCGAGGGAUACAUCGUCGGAAACGAUUCCACGAACGGUUUGAUCAAAAUCGAAAAGAGGAUGGUGAUUUAUCCUCUGACAGUGAGGCCUCUGGCAGCCGCACUUCUCAGAAUGGUGAGGAAGGCUGGAGAAACUCUGAAGGAGAGCGUCUUCGUGACUUUGGCGUUGAUGAAGACGUCGAGUUUUAUGACGAAGACGACAUCCCCUUGGGCAUCUUAAUCAAACGACGCCAGCAGAAAGCAUCACAAACUGAAUAG